AUGGUAGACCACCCAGCAGAAAUGUCUUCACCACAGAGGGUGCCGGAAUCUGCGCCCUCACCCACCCCAGCAUCCCCGCCGGCUGUGCAAACCCCUGCUGAGGAUCCCGGACCUGCUGAGGAUUUUCACGACCCUCAGCACUGGGCGAAUAUCGCAGGCGGAGACGCCGCCGAAGACGACGACGCGGAUUCAGCAGUUGGCGAUGAUGUAGCGAGUUCGACAGAGUCAAUCUCAUCGAGUAUUCUUCAUUACCGCACUAUUCACGGAAGAACGUACCACUCCGAGCGGGGAAAUGCUCAAUACUGGACACCAAAUGAUGCGCAUCACAAUGAAUCUAUGGAUAUCAAUCAUCAUCUCCUGUCACUGUCGCUGGAAAGUAAGCUUCACCUUGCUCCACUGAAGAAAGAAGAUAUUCAAAAAGUAUUGGAUGUCGGCACUGGAACUGGUAUCUGGGCUAUCGAUUUUGCCGAUGAGUAUCCCAACGCCGAAGUCACCGGCACGGAUAUUUCGCCCAUCCAGCCAGACUGGGUUCCACCUAACUUGAAGUUUGAAAUCGAAGACUGUACCCAAGAGUGGACCUUCGACCCUAAUUCAUUCGAUUACGUGCACAUGCGUUACCUGUACGGGAGCAUUAGUGACUGGUCUGCUUUAUUUAAGGAAGCUUUCACAGUAUGCAAGCCCGGAGGUUGGGUUGAAAGUUACGAAGCGUCUCCUAGAAUGGAAAGCGAUGAUGGCUCUGUGACUGAGACUUGUGCUAUCAACGAAUGGGGCAAAUUCUUUAUCGAGGGCGGCAGAAGGCUGAAUCGCACGUUUGAAAUCAUCGAUAGGGACCUUCAGAAGAAGGGUAUGGAAGAAGCAGGCUUUGUCGAUGUGCAAGUUUGGGAUUUCAAGGCACCCAUCGGAGGCUGGGCUAAAGAUCCGCGGCUCAGGGAAAUUGGCCAGUUCGCUCAAGCUGUGCUUGAACAAGACUACGAAGGCUACGUUCUCUAUAUGGCUAAUAUCGUACUCGGCUGGUCGAGGGAAGAGGUUUCUCUGUACUGCGCGCAGUUGCGACGUGAGAUUCGAUCGGGGACGUUCCAUCCUUACUAUCGGCAGCGGGUUGUCUAUGGAAGAAAGCCUGAAUAA